AUGUGUUUCUGCUGUUGCGAUAUCCUGUGUUGCGAUUGCAUCUUGGUAAUACUAGCUGUUUUCUUCCCCCCACUACCAGUGUGCAUCAAGAGAGGCCUAUGUUCUUGUGAUCUGUUGAUAAAUAUAUGUCUAUGCACACUUGGAUGGGUUCCAGGCAUGAUACAUGCAUGGUAUAUCAUCCUAAGUGACCCAUAUGUUGUCAUUGAUGAUGAGGAGAGACAGAUCUUCAUUGUGACCCCACAACCUUCCUCAAGUGUCGUUGUCAAUAAAAGACCGGAUCAGACGAGAAUCAGGUUUACACAUCCAGAACCGUUUGCAGAGAGCUUGAAUUCAGUCCAUAGCAAGAACAACAAUGAUAUUAACAACCAAAACCCAAGUCCUCUGUCUUCACCAAUUCCUCAGUCAAAUUAUAUACCAUCUCCUCUAGGUCAAGCCAAUUACGGUACUAUAGCCAAUGACGAAGAAGUAGAUCCAAACACAGACUUGCCGCCUGACUACGAAUCAGCAAUGAAUGAAACUGCAAAGCAGUUUAGGUAG